AUGGAAGACCGCGUUUGCAAGCCAUGGAAAGAAAUAAAAAUGUGGUAUUUGAAAUGCCUUCUUCGUAAACUAACUCCAGACAACGGUUUGGCGUACCUUAUCAAUAUAAUUAAAAAUCAAGAAAUUUUUUGUCGUGAUUGGUAUGAAGAAAGGGUUCCUCUGGAUAGUGAUGAAUUUGUAGAAAUGAUGCUUGUUGAUGGCUGCUUUAUUAUUGAACUUCUCCGCAAACAGGUCCACCUUUCUCCCGUGGAAGAUGAUGAUGCUAUUUUCAGGACGCCAAGGAUGUUGUCGGCAAUUACAAAUGAUUUGUUGCUAGUUGAAAACCAACUCCCUUGGAGGGUUCUUGACUGCUUAUUCGAGGUCACAAGGGUAGAUGCUGAUGACCAUGGGAAUCCAUCUCUACGUGAACUUGCUUGCCACGUCUUUCAGAACCCCGCAUUUCAACAGUCAUUUGAAAGUAUAUCGUCUCUAAACUGCGAAAAAGAAUUCGAAAGUAGCCAUUUACUCGAGACUGUAAGAAAUUUUGUGGUUCAACCAUGGGUGGAAGAUUGGGAGGAUAUGGAAUAUCGAACUCCGAUUCCUUCCGUGUCAGAGCUUCUAGAAAUAGGAGUCAAAUUUGUGGCUGCCUCAUCCAAUGGUCAGCUCCACAUUACCUUUAGAAAUGGAGUGAUGGAGAUUCCACCAAUAAUAAUUCGAGAGGAUACAGAAAGUUUCAUCAGAAACCUCAUAGCCUACGAACAAUGUUUACAGAAGCCCGAGCAGUGUCAGGUGACCUCUUAUGCCAUCCUGUUCAGCCAACUUAUUGAGUCUGUACAAGAUGUGGACUUUCUGAUUCAGAGAAAAUUAUAA